CACCACUAACAUCCUUUCAGCACAUACAUUCCUAUAUCUUUAUAUCAAGUAAGUGGUUGGAAGAGAUGGUGAUGGAUUUUUCUCACAAAAUCCUAGGCUUUCCACAGACUCAUGCUCCAGCCAGAGAUGCCAGGAGGGGCUUUUAACUUGGACCUGAGGAAGCAAGCUGGUGGCAAAACGUGUUGUCUGAAGUAUGUUGAUUUUUCCAAAUAAAACUACAAAUAUAACAUAUUUCUGGUGACCUGUGACAGUAAGACGGCAGCACCACAAAGACUCAAUUGUUUCAACGUUCUGUAUUUAUAGUCUGGCGAUUGUGUAAUUCCGCCUGGUGCAGAGUACUGCUGUGCAUGUACAAAGAUGGGCAGCACCAUAAAGCCUGCCAAAAGAUGAACACAAGCCAGUACCUCAUGAUAAAUGCCUUAAUGGCGCAGGGCAUGUCAAUAAAGUGAACAUGACUGGAUAAAGUCACCCCGCAGUGCGCACAUACCUCAAAAGGUGUAGCCAAAGAUCUAAUAGUAAAUAGAUCCUUACUGGGCAGAAAUGUAUGAAAACUUUUGUAACAUUUGUCAUGGCAACCAAUCAGCUUGCAGUAUGCAGGAAAAAAAAGAUUCUGAAGAGCCUGGAAACUGAUUGGUUGCUGUGGAUAACUGCUCCGAACGUUCUGAAGAGUAUCCAGCAGUGGGCGCCACACAGGGGGCUCCCAUAGCAAGCAAUCACCUAUGUACAUACAGGAGUUCGGUGACACAGUCAGCUCUGCUACAUCUCUAUGUAAAAUAACUGACUCUCGUAACAAGGAGUCUGCUAUGAGCCCCACAGCGGCAGCCAAUCCCCCAGUCAGCCCCCAGCAGAUCCCGACUGAGAACUGGCUUUGGACAUCAUUUCGAUUUGGAGAGUCUUCCUCAGCGUACUUUUUUUUUUAUUUUUUAUUUUAUUUUUUUCUACUUAGCACUUGAAAGUGUUUUUUGGACCCAUGAUCCCCAGGACUCUACAAACUUCCUGCACAAGGGAAGCAAAUAGUUUGGAGUCGGGCAUCUGAUUUGGCUUUAUUCGAGGACCGCUUUGCAUUUAUUCAGGAGCACAAAGCUUUGUCAUGGAUCUGAGGCCUACUGUUUUCUUUCUAUUCUGGACUUCCCUGUCAUUACAAUUGAAAGACCUGACUGGACAUAAAGUAUAUACAAACACUUGGGCAGUCCAUAUACCAGGUGGUUCUGCAGUGGCUGACCGUGUAUCCAAGAAAUAUGGCUUCAUUAACCAUGGGCAGAUUUUUGGGGACUAUUAUCAUUUUCAUCAUCGAGCUGUGGUGAAGAGAUCUUUAACACCUCAUAGAAUCAGACAUCUACAGCUAGACAGAGACCCUCAGGUACACUGGGCAGAACAGCAGGUGGCAAAAAGAAGAAGGAAAAGAGAUAUUUUUACAGAGCCAACAGACCCAAAAUUCCCCCUGCAAUGGUAUUUGUAUGAUGCAAACCGUCAUGACCUUCAUGUGAAAGAAGCCUGGGCUCAAGGUUACACUGGUAAAAACAUUGUGGUCUCUAUCCUGGAUGAUGGCAUUGAAAAGAACCACCCAGACUUGCAAGGAAAUUAUGAUCCAGCUGCCAGCUAUGAUGUCAAUGACCAAGAUCCGGAUCCCCAGCCUCGAUAUACACAGCUCAACGAUAACAGGCACGGAACACGCUGUGCAGGAGAAGUGGCUGCAGUGGCAAAUAAUGGGAUAUGUGGUGUUGGAAUAGCUUAUAAUGCCAAGAUUGGAGGUGUUCGGAUGUUGGACGGUGAAGUAACUGAUGCAGUUGAGGCAAGAUCUCUUGGGCUGAAUCCCAACCACAUUCACAUCUACAGUGCAAGCUGGGGACCAGAAGAUGAUGGAAAAACUGUUGAUGGCCCAGCCCAUCUUGCAGAAGAGGCCUUCUUUAGAGGUGUAAACCAGGGUCGUAAUGGUUUGGGCUCUAUAUAUGUAUGGGCAUCUGGGAAUGGUGGGAGAGAGCACGACAGCUGCAAUUGCGAUGGCUACACAAACAGCAUCUAUACAUUGUCCAUUAGCAGUACCACUCAGCUUGGCAAUGUGCCGUGGUACAGCGAGGCCUGCUCCUCUACACUGGCAACCACGUAUAGCAGUGGCAACCAAAAUGAAAAGCAGAUUGUGACAACUGAUUUAAGACAGAAAUGUACAGACACUCAUACUGGAACAUCCGCGUCUGCACCUCUGGCUGCAGGAAUCAUUGCUCUUGCUCUGGAAGCAAAUAAUAAUCUCACUUGGAGAGAUAUGCAACAUCUAGUGGUACGGACCUCAAACCCAGCGCAUCUUAACACAAAUGACUGGAUCACAAAUGGAGUUGGUCGGAAAGUGAGCCACUCUUAUGGAUAUGGGCUUCUGGAUGCUGGCGCUAUGGUUGCUCUGGCUAAAAACUGGACCAUUGUGGGACCCCAGAGAAAAUGUGUGAUUACCAUUCUCACAGAACCCAAGGACAUAGGAAAGCGAGUGGAAGUCAGGCGAAAAGUGGAGCCCUGCAUCGGGAUGUCCAACUACAUCAGCACUUUGGAGCAUGUUCAAGCCAGGCUAACCUUGUCUUACAAUCGCAGAGGAGACCUUGCCAUUUAUCUCACAAGUCCCAUGGGCACUCGCUCCAGUCUGCUGGCACCUAGGCCUCACGACUACUCUGGUGAUGGUUUUAAUGACUGGGCUUUUAUGACCACACAUUCAUGGGAUGAGGACCCUGCAGGAGAGUGGGUGCUGGAGAUUGAAAAUGCAAGUGGCAACAAUAACUAUGGAACAUUGACGCAGUUUGUCCUGGUAUUGUAUGGUACAGCCUCUGAUCCUCCAAGCAUUUCCAACCAAGUUGAUGGGGGUGGAUGUAGAACAGUGGCUUCUGGCCAGUCAUGUGUCGUUUGUGAAGAAGGUUUUUUCCUUCACCAGAAGACCUGCGUGAAGUCUUGUCCACCUGGUUUCACUGCCAGCGUCCAAAGUAUCCAAUACACACUGGAGAACAGCAUAGAGCCACUGCUGGCCAACGUUUGUGUAGCAUGCCACCCUUCCUGUUCUACCUGCAAGGGUACUAGUGCAAAUGACUGUCUUACGUGCCCUGCACACUCACACUACAAUGAGCUGGAUUACUCCUGUUCACACCAGGUUCAGAUCAGCAGAGAAUCUCCACCGUUGAAAGAGCUGGUUGAAGAAGCAGCUGCCGUGACCUCAAACUUGCCAAUAAUUGUGGCCGGCCUGAGCUGUGUCAUGAUUGUGGUCGUGUUUGUCUCCGUCUUUUUGUUCCUUCAAGUCCGCUCUGGGGUUAUACUGGGCAGGAAGAAACUAUACAUGUUGGACAGUGGGAUCAUCUCUUAUAAAGGAAUCCCAUCAGACAUGUGGCAUGAAGAAGGAUUCUCGGAGUCUGAAACAGAGGAGUUUGAUCCUCGGAACGAGAGAACUGCUUUCAUAAAGCAACAGAGUGCCCUUUGAUGACAAUUCUGACAUCAGCCCAAAACAUCAUCCCAUGAUAUAGACUCCACUUAAGUUUCCUUUCAUCACUGGACCAGUCAGUGUAGAUACGGAGGUAAACAUCAUGAUGAUGAAUAAUCCAUCCAGUGCUCUGGUUAAAGCCCAGGAAACGUUGAAAGUUUAUUUUUUUCUCAUGUAUUGUCUUUCUGUUGGGUGUUAUUUCUUUUUGUUUUUGUUUAUUUCCCUAUUCCCAUGUGAGUUUGAUUUUUAUUUUUUAUUACAAACUUAUUUUCCAGGAUCAUGAUUUUAAUCGUACAGUGCCUAUGAAAUAUCAUACAGUUUCUGUGUGUAAUAUUUUAUAUAUUAUUUUUCUUGCCUGCUCAACUUUUUGGAGCAAAUAGCAUGAACCCUUUCAGUGCCAGAAUGAGGACAAUAUUCUUAAAGAACGUUGUGGUGGUGGUUGUGAUUUUUCCUGGCAAGUAAGUACAAUGCAAGAUAUAUUUUGGGAGCAUAAAAGUGAAUAGCCUCGUUGACAGGAAACUCCUUGUAGGCUGUAAACCAUUUUUACAACAAUUCAGUGGAAGCCAGUACAUCAAAGUCUCAGUGGUGGAUUGGUAAUCUAGGAAGAAAAGUUAGGGCAUGUCUCAUACACUAAUAAGAUAGUCUGCCUAGUCUUGGCAGAGGGAUAGCCCAGCCAACCUGCUGUGCAAUGUUAAUGUGGUUCAGAAGCUGGUAUUCAUUGCUGCAGUCUGUACAAUACUUACACGGGUGUAGGCACGCUUUAGGUGAGCACACACACAGGAUUUAUAUUCAUAAACCUUAUUUUUACAGUUGAAAAUAAAAGCCUUGUUCAAGCGUUAGGCUCAGAUCAAGGCCUGCUGAGCGGUUCAGUACUGUGCACCAUGGGAGGUGUAUCAGAUGCUGUGCUUAUUUCUCAGCUCUUUACAUUCACAGGGGUUAUGGGUAGACUUCCUGCGGUUCGGUGAGGAUUUAUUACCGCCCAUCCCUCAAUGCACUACUGAUUUUAAUCGCAGACCAAGGGGGAACCACACACCACAAUUCUGUAGAUACAUGUAUAGGGGUGUGUGUAUAUAUGAUUUUCCGAAACAUCUUAUGAAUGGAAAAAGGAAGAUACUUGCUGCUGCUUGGAUUGUUCACCAAAUUACUUCUUUAUUGUGACAAUUGCUGCUAUAUCUUUCAAGGAGAUGCCAGGAUUGAUUCUUUUAACUGCAUCUUGGUUAGAAAUACCACAUCAGACCGCUGUCGAGUCCUUACUUCCAUGUGUUGUGGAUACUAGGUCUGUAUGAUCUUUAGUUAUUGUUGAAGGACAAUCAGGUUUGAUUGUCAGUACUUUUUCAGAUAAGUCUCCUUUUUUUUCCCAUGGAGAUGUUCUUUAACCUUUAAUCUUCUUCUUUUCUCCAUGGCUACACAUUCCAGAGUUUAGUUUAACAUGUAUGUCUUGUGAAUAUAAUGUGCUUAAUAAGGGCUGUACUAAUCCUUAAGCCUCAUGAUUAAUUUAGACAUUUUUCAGAUUCUAGUUUUCAGUUUAGUUUAAAAUAGCAAAACAGAAUUAAACCACUGACUAUAACUGAUCAUCCCAAAAUGAAGUAUUCUCAUAAAUUCUAUAUAGAUACAAGGAUUUGGACUGGACUGUACAGAAAAAAAAUUCAGAAGCUACCCUGUCAAGUGCCACUCUGCCUUAGGGGUCAUUAUUUGCCUAAAGGAACCACAUGCCAUCAGCUUAAUAAUGGAUGCCCCCUUUUGUAAAGGGAACAAUUCCAUAAUAUACUUUUUUAGAAAAAUUAUAGUUAUUUAAAUUUUCUACUAUUCUCUUUUAGGAAUACAAUACAAAACACUAUUCAUAGUACAUGAAUGUACAUAGUACAUGGGUAUUUAAAUCCCUAUUCACAUCAAUAGAGAGAGGGAGAAAAGAGCAGAAGCGCCGCUGAUAGUGCAGUUAAUCCCAGAUGAUAUGGGAUGCUAGUUAGGAUGUAGGUACAUUUUUGCUCACCUUAAUGUGUUGUGCGGGCAGGCACAACACUGAUUAGCGCUUGUGAAAAUGUUCCAACGGCGGGAGGCGGCCGGCCGGCCCGCUUAGGCAGCGAUGCAGAAGGGAACAGCUGGAAAAAGGACAGCCUGGCAGGGCUGACCUCUGGACCCGGGGAAAAAUGGUUUACAGCAAGAACAACGCAUUUUAAAGGUUACACCUUC